AUGAAGUUCUCACAGAUCCUCACCGGCCUUGUUGCCGCACAAGUAAUCAGCGCCGCCUCGAUACCCGAAUCCAACGCCCUCAACGUCCUCGAAGAGCGACGAGUUGUUCCUCCCUCCGAAAUUGUCUCACCAGACCACACACUAGAGCGUCGCAAGGGAGGCGGUGGCCGUGGAGGUGGUGGCGGAGGCGGUGGCAGUCGCUCGGGUGGAGGAAGCAGCGGUGGCGGCUCUUCAGGACGUACAUCACCCUCCUCCAACGCUGGUGGCCUAUCCUCCGCUGGAUCAGGUCGACCGCGCACUUUCGGCGGUGGACAAUACUAUGGCGGCGGUGCUCGAACACCCUACACCGCUGGUUCGAGAACGCCCAAGGGACUCGUCGCCGCUCCUCUGAUUGGAGUAGCCCUCGUAGUGGCCAUCAUGCCCGGCCUGUGGCUCCACAGCGCCUACCCUUACUAUUACAACAACCCCUACCGUUUUUACAACCAGUCCGCGACCAACGACGAUGACGACAACGACAAUGACCGGCGCGCACUGUGGACACGCCAAACGCAGGGCCGCAAUGAGUCUCUCCCCGUCGUGUGCUUGUGCGAAGAGGAAUUCGUCUGUGGAUGCGACGAGAACGACGACCAGCAAUACCUCAACGAUCUUGUCGGCAACGGCAGCUAUGCCGCACUCAACAAGACCCUUGUCACAGUUUCUGAUGUCAAUGGCACCAGGUCUCUUGUUCUAAAUGGUACCCUUGAGAAAGGCACCACUGCGCCUGGUGGCACCGACGACAGCGGAGCUAUGAGCUUGAGUGCCGGAAAGUACGUCGGAUACUACGCAGUUGGUAUGAUGGUACUGGCUGGAGUCUUGAUGUAA